AUGAAGAAGAACACAAAUCUACUAGCGCUGCUGCCCUCCAGAUCCUUGCGCGUUGUUGAACAUGUACGGAUACGCCAAAGCCGACAGGUCCCACCCCACCUCAUCUCGACUACUCCCAAUCCGUUGGAGCUCCGUCAGGCUAUCCGCUAUGCUCAACAUAUAGCUAUUCAGCCUAUCCUCCUCCUUUUCCUCCGUCUCUUCCUCAUUUUCUUCCUCCUUGGCCUUUCCUUUCACCUUCUCCAUCCGGGACGUAAUGUCCCUAAGGACCUCGUUUAUGACCCAACCAAUCUCCUUCACGUCACUUGCCUCCACGUCUUCAAUUCUCGCGCUCCCUCCCAUACAUCUGUACACGUACUUCUCCAGCUCCCGACGCCUCUUCUCCCUGUGGAGCCUGCUCAGCUGCGCCUGUGCCUUCAGUAUGCGCUGUUGAGUGAAAGUUUCUUGAUUCACCAUCUUCCGAGUCCGUUCAGCCUCUGA